AUGAAAAACGAAGCAGACGCCGAUUCCAGUGGCGAAUUGUCAUAUGAUGUUGGGCAGCUCAAGGAAAUACAAUUUGAGGCAGAUCAGAACUUUCAAAAAGCAGACGUCAAAAGGCAAGAAAUCUUGGAUUUCGGUGAUGAAGGAUUUCUAUUAGAAAAGUUGUUAAGUCAAUCAGAAUGUGACAGGUUGAUUCAAAAUGGCGAAGAGAAAGGAUUUGAUGAAAUUAGAGGCUUGAAUGAUAAAUACAGAAGUUCACAAAGAAUAAUCUUAAAGAAUGAUAACCUGAGUGAUAUAUUAUGGGAUAGAAUUAAAGAUUAUUUGAAAGAUAUCGUAAUAAAUGGUGAUCCAACGGAACAACAUAUUCAUGGUUUAACUCCUUUAUUACAGGGCAGAUGGAAACCAAUUGGGUUAAAUAAUAUGUUUCGAUUAUGUCGAUAUAAAGCAGGAGGACAUUUUGGUCCCCAUUUUGACGGUCACUAUGUGAGAAGUACCAACGAAAGAUCGUUACAGACAUUGAUGUUAUAUUUAAAUGGUGAUUUUGAAGGGGGUUCAACUAAUUUUAUUGAUGAAUCUCAAAUGAUUCAUAUGAAAGAUGGUAAAUAUUGUGCAGAAGAGAAGAAUAUAUUACACCAGAUAAAACCAGAUACAGGGUUGGGUAUAAUCUUUAAUCAUCAUAGAUUACACGAGGGAGAGAAACUAGGAAAUGGUAGGAAGUAUAUAUUAAGAAGUGAUAUUAUGUAUAAGAAUGUAGAUAAGACUAUAUUAGAUAGUAAAGAUGAACAGGCCAUGUUACUCGUACAAGAGGCAGAGAGGAAAGAGGCAUCAGGAGAUUGUAUGGAAGCAGCAGAAUUGUACAGAAAAGCUUUUAAAUUAUCACCCACAGUAGCAGAAUACUAUGGUUCCUGA